AUGCCUCAGGCUACAAACCCCAUUAUCCCCGGCUUCGCACCGGACCCCUCGAUAGUCAAGGCCGGCGAAUGGUACUUCCUGGUGACAUCCAGCUUUCACAUGUUCCCCGGGCUGCCGAUAUACGUGUCCAAAGAUUUAGGGUCGUGGAAGCACAUUGGAAACGUCAUCAACCGACGCACCCAACUCAGCCUCGCCCUAUCCAACACGCGACUACACCCGCUCUCGAACCCCGGCGAGUUCCUGCUCGCCACAGGCGGUCUCUACGCGCCAACGAUCAGAUACCACCAAGGAACCUUCUACGUCGUCUGCACAAACGUGCAGCACGUGGACAGCGACAAGACCUCGUUCGGCAACUUCAUCGCAUCGACCUCCCUCGAGGGCAUCUGGUCCGACGACUGGAGCGACCCCGUCUACUUUGACUUCCGCGGAAUCGACCCCAGCCUGUUCAUAGCCAACGAUGGCACGGCAUACAUCCAGGGGUCUGCGGCACCGGGUCCAUAUACGACGAUCAACAUGUUCCAGGUCGAUCUGCACACGGGCGCGAAGCUCUCUGAGGAGAAGAUUAUCUGGCGCGGGACGGGCGGGAUCUACCCCGAGGGCCCGCAUCUGUAUCAGAAGGAUGGCUGGUUCUAUCUCCUGAUCUCGGAGGGUGGGACGCACGAGGAACAUAUGCUUACCAUGGCGCGGUCGCGGGAUAUCUGGGGGCCGUAUGAGGGCUGUCCGCAUAAUCCAAUCUUGACGGCGUUUGGGACGGAGGAGUACAUCCAGUGUACAGGGCAUUGUGAUGUGUUUCAGGAUGAACAGCAGCAGUGGUGGGGUGUUUGUCUUGGGAUUCGCAGAGGCGAGGGGCGGCGUGGUAUCAUGGGGAGGGAAACGUUUAUCACGCCGGGGAGCUGGGAUGGGGAGUGGCUUUCACUCCAGCUGGUCAAGUCGCAUGUUGAAGGUAUCCCUCCAGUUCGGGCUGAACCCAGCCUGUCGGCAGCGCCGGGCGUGGACCUUGUCUACAUUCGUGAUGCAGUGCUCGAGAUUUACCGAGUUGACAACGAACGGUCGAUCCGUCUGACAGCCACCCCUAUUGACUUCUCGGACCCCGAGAAAAGCCCAACGUUUAUCGGCAAGCGACAGCGCUUGUUGGCCGGCAAGAGCAGCGUCGUGAUCCCCAAGUUCACUCAAUACCGCGGGCAAGCCAAUCUCAAAGUGGGUCUUGCCUGUUACAAGGAUGAGCACCGCUAUGUUCGGAUCUAUUACGCGUCCGAUGGCCACAGGAUCGUCUUUGAAAUCGUGAACAAGGCCAAGGAGCUUGCAAGGACAGCGAGUCAUGUGGUGGAUGGUACUACGAGCAUGAAUGCUCUAGGGCUGCGCAUCGAGCACACCGAGAACGAAUACCGACUGCUGUACACUUAUGAAGAUCAGGCUAGCUGGGAGUGUCUGGCCACGGUUGAUACCCUUGAGAUGACUGAUGCCGAUUUCACUGGUCCAGUGAUGGGAGUGUUCGCAGUCGCGACCGACGCAGUCGAUGUUCAGUUUGAGGAGCUGAAGGUUGACUAG